UAUUUUUUGGUGCAUUUAACCCCAUUACCCAUAUUUGCUUCAUUUUACUCGCAUAUUUUCGAACAAGUUUCAGGCCUGCAAUGGCGAUGACGUUCUUGCCGGCGGCUCAUGUUCAUAAGCUCUACCCGCAACAACUUACCAGCAACACGAAGUCUCCUAAACUUCUUUCUCGUCGAGAUUGUUAUUCGUCUUGUGGAAACGCUGGUUCGUUUACUGCGACUUUGAAUCAAGCGAAAUUGGAGACUUCUGCAAAGGCGGUGGGUUUGAAGCCUCAUGUCAAGCUAUCAUGGGUGAAGAGAACCGCAGUGUUGAGGUCUGCAACCAUAGAAGAAAUAGAAGCAGAAAAAUCUUUUAUCGAAGAAGAUGUUAAAGAGAGAAUGGAGAAGACGAUUGAGAAUGUUAGGUCCAAUUUCAACUCUAUAAGGACAGGGAGAGCUAACCCAGCAAUGCUGGAUAAGAUUGAGGUGGAGUACUAUGGUACUCCAGUCAGCUUGAGGAGCAUAGCCCAAAUUGGCACUCCUGAUGCAAGUUCUCUCCUAGUACAGCCCUAUGACAAAUCCAGCCUAAAAGCUAUAGAGAAGGCCAUUGUAAAUUCUGAACUUGGUAUGACUCCUAAUUCUGAUGGAGAAGUGAUAAGAUUAGCUCUACCUCAAUUGACAUCUGAAAGAAGGAAGGAAUUGUCAAAAGUUGUGGCCAGGCAAGCUGAGGAAGGGAAGGUCGCUUUAAGGAAUAUAAGAAGAGAUGCCUUGAAAUCCUACGAAAAACUUGAGAAGGAGAAAAAACUCUCUGAAGACAUUGUGAAGGAUCUGUCAAGUGAUUUGCAAAAAGUGACUGAUGAGUACAUGAGGAAAAUCGAUGCUAUCUACAAGCAGAAGGAGAAGGAGUUGCUGACGGUUUAACAGUUACUUUUGUGAAAAAUGUAAAUAGGGCCUUACUGCAAUGUGCAUUUCCUGAGACCAUCUAACCGCACAUUGAGUAUGUUUCAAAUUGAUAAUCAUUCUUGCAAUUGUUGUGUAUUUAAUGGGAAUGGGAGGCUGAUCAGUGCUGAGCACCUCAAGCAGAUUCAAUGCUCGAGUCACCCCAUUUUGUAAGCCAUUUUGUACCACACCAUAUGUUUGUGGUUCACAAAAAUCCAACCUAAUUAAAUUAAUUGCUCCAUUUUAAUGAAGUGCUUUUGCGAGCCACAAACAUAGGAGUGAGUACAAAAUGGGGUAGCUUUAGCAUUUGUGCUAGUGUACUGGAAGGUACAACAUUCCAGCCACACAUCAUUAAGUUUCAAUUUGGAGGGAAAAAUAAUGUCAAUUUCACAAUUCCCUCCUAAACAUUCAUUUUGACAAUAGGGUCAAUCUAAAUACACGAGGAAGAAUA